AUGUCUUUCAACGACAUUUUCCGGCCUUAUGGCCUCUUCCAUACGCCAAAACGAGAGAUGCAGUUCUCUCAUUUCGAUUGGGUUGCAUCUGUUCAGGACAGUCCUCGUACCACGCGACCCUAUGUUCAUGAAAUGGUGCAUUACAAGUCUGUCCAUUCUCCCUACCACGAGUUCAUCGUCGUAUGCCUUCGGUGCCCUUUCGAUCGCGACUGGAGAGGUAUAGUGAUACUCGAGCGUUUUGUGCGCUUCGGCCAGGGGGCACAGGGGGCGGACAGAGUUGGAUCGAAGGCUGCGAGGGUGUUGUCGCCGGAGUGUUUCUCUGUAGGGUUUCCAGCUGUGGAUAAGGUCACGGUAUGCAAACCCGGAACGGUUUACGACCCUCCGGCACUUCCUUCCCCCAACGAAGCCGUCGUCAUCUCCACCCUCUCAAUGCCGAACGACCAGAUAUCCGACGUCCAACUCAGCGUACUAUUGCACAUUCUCCACGCUGAGCAGCCCUGCUACGACGCCCUGAAGUUCCAGUGCUAUUGGUACGCUGCGGCUAUCUAUGACGCUGUGAGAGUUCAGUGCUCUGGGAGGACAGUCAAGGGUCCUUACUUCCAUCUUGGUGGCAAGCAUGCCGGCCCCUACAACCUCUUCUCCCGGCUCACUUUUUUCUCCGUCAACGAGAGCUCGAUCAGAAUCAGGCUCCCGACGAAUGAGGUGCUAGACAAGUAUGAGCAACAAUUUGCGCGGUUCCAGAGCGAACAGGCGGAGAAGAUUCGCUUGGAGGAUGCGCACAGGCAGGCAAGUUUUGAACUACAGGCAAACUUACCUGUGCAUGUCGAAUGGGAACGAGAGAGGGAGGAGAAUCGAAUUCGGCAGCUACUACCGGUCAUACCAGAGGGGCAAGGGGAGGAAGAGGGCGAAGGGACAGCGAAGAAGGCGCGGGUGCUGGCGGCUCAUGAGGACGUGAAGGGGAAGGAGUGGAGGUUUCCAAGAACAAUUUUUACGACCGGCGCCUCAGAAUACAAAGUCAAUGACCGCGUAGUAACCUACUCCGUCUACAACACCUCUCUAACCUCCCACAACAUCCUGGACCUCCCCCGAGUGAUAGAGCAGCUCAGCGGGGGCUUGGAGCUGGCAACGGCGUACGAGGAGGCGAAGGCGGAGCAGGAGAAGACGGUGGAGAAUGCAACGUUUAAUUUUACGAAGCGGAGGGGUAUUGCAGGGGAGAUUAAGCAGUAUAAGGAGCAGAAGACGGAGGCGCAUAAGUUCGAGGCGUCCUGUCAGGAGAGGGACUACCUCAUCCUCCGUCGCGUCUUCUUCAAGCUGUUCCACAUCGAAGAAGCCCUCGAGCAUGCGAGGACGGAGCAGGCCAACGCAAGGUUGAACGCGAUGCGGAAGCUGAGGGCGCUGAAGAGCGCGGAGAGGGCUGUUGUAGGGAAGAAACCCGACCUAGUAACUACGGAGGGUAAAAUCGCGCAUUCGACUCGUGAGAUCCGCAAUGCAGAAACGACGCCCGGACAAAUCGCGAGGGAUAAAGAGGCCAGGGAGCUCGUGGUGAAGAACCAUAAACGUGAUCUAAAGGACGUGCAGGAGGCAGCCGAUCAGGCGCAGGGCUUGCCUCAAGGCAAGAAGCCAAUCGCCCUCCAGGCAAGUCAUUAG